CUUACUUCCUUACUGAGACGUUGGUGUUGGGAUAUAAAUCAGUGCCAAACAUUUUGUGCUCCCUCUUUCCAACUGACUGCACAAAGCCAUGGCUACUGUAGGAAAGGUAAUUAAAUGUCAGGCUGCUGUUGCCUGGGAGCCCAAUGUUCCAAUGGUGAUAGAAGAGAUCGAAGUGGCUCCACCCCAAGCAAAUGAAAUACGAAUCAAGGUGAUAGCUACAGGUGUGUGUCACACCGACCUCUACCACCUGUUUGAGGGGAAGAACAAGGAGGGUUUCCCUGCUGUCCUGGGCCAUGAGGGUGCAGGUGUGGUGGAGAGUGUUGGGCCUGGGGUAACCGAGUUCAAACCAGGUGAUAAAGUCAUUCCCCUUUUCCUCUCUCAGUGUAGAGAGUGCAGGUUUUGCAAGUGCCCAAAGACUAACUUGUGUGAUCAGAGUUGGUCUAGCGAUCGGUAUGCUCAGAUGUCAGACACCACCACACGCUUCUCGUGUCGUGGUCAGCCCAUCCUGCAGUUCAUGGGCACCAGCACCUUUUCGGAGUAUACCGUCCUGAACCAGGUUGCCGUGGCGAAGAUCCACGAUGAUGCCCCACUUGAACGCGUAUGCCUGCUUGGUUGUGGCAUCUCAACCGGCUACGGAGCCGCUAUCAACACUGCCAAGGUGGAGCCAGGGUCUGUGUGUGCAGUGUUCGGGCUGGGUGCAGUGGGCCUUGCCGCUGUCAUGGGCUGCAAAAAUGCUGGCGCUUCCAGGAUCAUUGCUGUGGACAUAAAUGAACAGAAGUUUGAAAAGGCCAAGAUCUUUGGAGCCACGGACUUUGUAAACCCGAAAUCGCACAAAAAGCCCAUCAGUGAGGUUCUGGCAGAAAUGACCAAUGGGGGGGUAGACUUCUCAAUGGAGUGCGUGGGCAAUGGGGCUGUUAUGAGGAGUGCGCUGGAGUCCUGUGUUAAAGGCUGGGGAGUGAGUGUGCUGGUUGGUUGGACUGAUGUUCAGGACUUCUCUGCUCGGCCAAUUCAACUAAUUUCUGGAAAGACCUGGAAGGGAUCCCUUUUUGGGGGCUUUAAGAGUAAGGAUUCUGUCCCAAAGCUAGUGCUGGACUACAUGGCUGGACGUAUAAUGCUGGACGAGUUUGUGACACACACUAUGAGUCUGGAUCAGGUCAACGACGCUGUUCAGCUCAUGAAAACUGGCGGCUGCAUUCGAACCAUCAUAAAUCUAUCCAAAUGAGAAGUCGAUGGCCGGUCAAAUACCAUAGCUGUCUUCCCAUUCUGCUACAUUUUUUUAUGUAAUUGGGGCUCUGAAAUCCUAUAGUACUCAUAAAAACAUAAAAUCAUACACAUGCAAGAAUUCAUGAAUUUGCCUGAAUUUAUGCUAGCUCUGAGAAAUGUCAUCUGCAUAGAAUUUUAAGUUUAUAACCGACAAUUUGUGAACUGUAUUGUAUUUGUGAAUUGUAUAACUAAUGUUCUAGUUAAACUAUUACGCAAAUAUUAGAAGAAGCUUCCCUAAUACUAAAAGACACAUUUAUGCUCCUAUGUAAACUUAGCAUGUGAGAGAAUAAAAUGCAAAUGCAAAGAUA